GUGCGCGGCGCGGCCAGGCAAGCACUUCGUGCAAUGUUACGCGUUAAGGUACCCCCGUGCGUUGUUGGCAGUGCUCGGUUUCGAAGCUCAUCGUCGUCAUUAUCGCCGUGGUUCUCGUCUUCGGUGUUCGACGUGUGACACGGUCGUCGACGUCGUGCCGCGAAAAGAGUCCGGUCGGUCGUGUCGGUUCGGUGGGUGCGCGCACGCGAACAGAAAGAUAAAUAGAUCGACGAAUAGAGGAAUAAACGGGAGACAGACAGAGGGAGGUCAACACGCGUUAUGGCUCAUGGUGUGAGCGAGGUGCUCGGUGAGGGGAACUCGGUGAAAAUGGUGCAAAAGCAGCAACAGCAGCAGCAAUCGGCGACACAUCAGCCGCAGACGCAGACUGCGAGGAAAUCAGUUGGAGUGAUGGGCAGCAGACGCAUAUUCGCGCCGUCGUUUAAGCUCAGGGUUCUCGAUUCGUACCGAAACGACAUCGAUUGCCGCGGCAAUCAGCGUGCCACCGCGAGAAAGUACGGGAUCCAUCGGCGACAGAUUCAAAAGUGGUUACAGUGCGAGGAUAAUCUUCGUAACAGUUGCGCGGAGGGCAACGGCAAUGCGAACGGUGUGGUCUCGACGACGGUGAUCCCUUCCGCGGGUGUUUCCAAACCGGACGGUACCGUGACGGAAGCCACGGGGCCUGCCGUGACUCCAGCAGCGCCGGCCUUGAACCUCAGCCUCGCCAGACUGCACGGCGACGAGCUGGCUACACAGCAAGGGCCCCCACCUCUUCUUCCUCAUCCUCCUCAUGGUGGUUCACCCUCGUCGCCCCAAUACGUGGCUCAAUCCACCACGGCCCCGGCGAUGCCCGUCCGCGUCGGUUAUCCGGAGUACAAUAUCAAUCAGGAGCAGCAACAUCAUCAUGUUCGCCGGGAGCCGGACGAUCGCGUGCAGGUGACCGAAUCGGUUCACGGUUACACCGAGAAGGAGCAGUCCAGGUACUAUGUAGUUAACAACUCCGACGGACACAGGGAGAUCGAGAACUCGUCGACGUUCGACGGCCGCGAGGUGAAGGUGUACCAAAAUCUGACCAGUUACCGGGGACACGAGCAUCGUUACGAGGCGAACGACAUGAUCAGCAAUCAGAUUCAUCAUCGUUCGCCGAGCCGUAAUCGGUCCCAGAGCUACGGGGACGUGGAUUCCUCGGUGGACGGGAAACCGUCGUACGGUUUGCUACUAGCGCCGUCGAUGAUAAAGACGGAACGAGCGAGCCCAGACUCGGCGGCGACGCCAGGGCCGUGCGAGUCGACGUGUUCGCCCGGUGCCCUGAGGGGCCCGGUCUCGCCUGUCUCGCAUCCAGCCAGCAGCAGCUCUAGCAGUAGCAGCGGUUCCACGACGUCCGUUCACUUCGAUUCCCCGCGGGCAUCCGCGAGCCCGUGCCUGCACGUGCACGUUCACGCACACGCGUCACCGUCCCCGGAUUCCGAGAAGCCCGGGGAACCGAGCGAUAUCGAAAAGAAAGGAUCGGAGGACGCCGCGGAUACGGAAAUCGGUAGAGCCGUGAUCAAGGAGGAACUACAGAUCGAGGAGGAGCAAGAGGCCAACGAGGAUGGAAGAGAAGCUGUGCCCUCGUACGAUUAUCAACGACCACCUGUCGACUCGCGUCCGGUGAGCCCGGUUCACGAUCGGGAAGGGUAUUCCUUGCCGUCCAGCCCCAGGGGUCCGACCAGUUCUGGGAGAUCCAGCACCAGUUGCUCGGACAGCGAAAUGGAUCCUCUGGACUGUUCGUCCGGCAGUCAGAACUCUUCGAACGAUCUCGCGCGGCGCCGAUCGUUCUCGCUCCGAUUCAAGCUGGACGUAUUGGACGCUUUUCACAGGGACGUCGGCGUGGCCGGCAACCAACGCGCCACCGCGAGAAAGUUCGGCAUCAAUCGCCGCCAGGUACAGAAAUGGCUCGGGCAGGAGACCGAGCUCAGAGGCGAAAUCGCGGUUCGCGGCAACUCGCGGCAGCGGCUAGGCCCAGUCCAGGAUGUCGCCGCUUCCGGUGAGUCACCGGUGGAUCUAAGGACGUCGAACUACGUGUCCAGCUUAUCUCAGGAUCGAAUCGAAGCGGAGUACGAGCGCUCGCCCCCGCCGCUUUACUGCUGCGACGUGGGCUCCUCCUCCUCCUCCUCGUCCGCCUCUCAGCAUCUUCCGUACUACCAGCAUCCGAUGGUCGUGGACACGUCGGACGUCGAUCCAGUCGCGCCUUGCAAUCUGUCCUGCUGCGUGGACAGUAGCCACGUGGCGACGCCGGUCACAUCGUGCUACCAGGAAGUGUCCUUAAGGGGAUCUUGCUACUCGGACCCGCAGAACAGGCAGUACUGUUAUUCCCCUAGAGAGUACCCGUCCGAGAUCACCGUGCCGGAGUCCACCGAGGAAUUGACCACCUCCCCGCUGAAGAGACUCCAUUGCACUUUGUCCUGCUGCUACGAGGCAGCCCAGUCGCCGAAGAGGCUCUGUCUGGAAUCCGAAGAGUCCGUCAUCAGGACGAGUCCUUGCCAGGAGGCGCCGCCCCAGGACACACCGCUGUGCCUGGUGAAGCCGAAGAGGUUCAUGGACGCUUCACCGUCGAGAACGGAACCCGUUACCAGCACAGUGCCCACGCCGCCCGCGUCCGCCGCUCCUCCACCCCCGGGACCAACCAGCAAGAAGGACGGCAUCCUAUUCAAGCCGUACCUCGACAACCCCGUCAGCAAGCCCGCGAAGGAGCCGCAGGUUCAACGAGGACUGUCGCCGGUCAGCAGCCAGAGUAUCGUCAAUAACAACAACAACUGCCAAAGCAUCUGCAACUUGAACGAAGCCAGGGGCCACGACUACGCCCUUGAGCUCAGUCUCAGACUGCCGAUCACCUGGAGAACUCAUCCAAGCCCGUACAACGAGUUCCCGCAGGUCAGGAGCGCGUUCGCUAGGUACCCGGCGAGCCCCCACUACACCUAAUUCGAAGACUUUCCUCGAUCCCCGAUCAGGCGGAACGGUUUAGCGGCUUUAAUAUCUUAGACCCUCGCUGCGAGCUGAGGAAGAUGCACGCGCGAUCUCUUGGUAUUUAAUACUAGAACUAUCGGAUGGGUCGAAACUGACCCAUUCCUGAUUUCAUUUUUUCCAGUUAUUCUACAGAUAACAGAUGCUUCUCUGAAAAAGUACUGGAGAAACUAAUUUAGCGAUACACAAACUGAAUUGCAAACCAACUGAAGUCUCAAUCAUUGCAAUGUUGUGGUUUCUACAGAACAAUUUCAAAAAGACAAUUUAACUGCUAGAUAGUUCUAGUGUUAAUUUCCUAUACGAAAAGCCACGCGAAAGUCAAUCGUGUAUUUCCAAAAUUGUUAAAAGAGGCGUUAAUGAUUUUCGGAGCAACGUUUAGUUUCCGUUUCACGUUUAGAGUAUACUCCGGUAGCUUUCUAGACCUUCGUUUGGGGAAAAGGACUUCAAAGGAUCCGCCGGCGAAGGAUUGAUUGGUACGUGAUCCGCGACACGUCGUCGUGCACCACGUAAGUGUUUAUCGUUUCCACGGAUCGUCGGUGCCGCGUUAUACAUCACGAUAAAGACCCAAUCGGCCAUUGGACGAUCCGAGGCGUGGUAGGAGAUCGUACGUGGUUGCGUCCUCGUCUCUUCUCGCAUCUUCUUUCAGCUUGAGCGGCCAA